GUGUGCAGGGUCCAGAUGAAGCACGGUAGGGGCAGGCAGCAAGAGCUCUGUGGGUAGGCAGAAAGAACAGUGGCAGAGACAGCGAUGGAGACACCACAUCAGCCAGCUGCGUAAGGUGGACACAGCAGGACAGAUCGGAACAGAACCGCCGCCUGGGUGAAAGGCUGCGCGCGCACGGAGGGGAACGCGCUGAUUGACAGGUCCGGCGAACAUGGCAUGCGGAGCCUGAACUAAGCUGCUGCGCUCUUGUCUAAAGCAUCUGUGCGAAAUAACCCUCUUCAUGUAGAUCAGCCCCUAAACUAGGUUUGUCAAGAGGAGGCUUUAUCCCUCAUCUUUUCCCCGUGGUGCUGCCGACCGGAGCAUUGCAGUCAUCACUCGAUAGUGGGAAGGAAUCAAGUGCACCGGGAUAGCAAGACACCAGGCGAUUCUGCACCUUGUGUACCUAGCCGUUUGUUUUACCUUCUUCAUUAUCUUACUUUGGAUAACACCUAGCCUUCUUAACACUUGGUGAACUAUUGGUGAAAGCAAUUCUCUGAGGAUUUUGUUUAAUUCUUAUUUGGAAUAUAUUCUCUCCGUCUGUGUGGUAUUUUUUAUUGGAUUCUCUAUUCAUUUUCUUACUUGGACUCUAAUCAGAAUUCAUAUUCAUCGUUCGUUGCCUGUUAAGGGUAACGUCCAAAAAUUUCAGUAAAAAACCAGGAGAAGAACUUCAGUUCUGUAAGUGCGUUGCGUAUGAGCUCACUGUGUAUGGUUGUAGCUUCCCCUUGAUUCCUUCUUGAACCGUAGACAGUCGGUGUGGUUGAGAAGUAGUUUCGCUUCUCUCUCCCUCAGUGCAUCAAACACUUUAAUAUCCCGUUCAAUGGAGUAGAUGGCCGGAAAAUAGACUAAAUAGAGCGAUUUCCUUCUCCCCCGCCUGGCAUCAACAGGCGGUUGUGGUCUAAAGGUUCUCCGGAGAAUGGUAAAUGACCGAUGGGGAAUCAUGAACAGCACUUCGGAACUCGAAGAUGGACCACGGCAUAAAAACCAGAGGAUGAGCUGCAGCUAUCUCCUGUGUACCAUAUUCCUCUUCGUCGCCGUCCUCCUGGCCGUCACGGUAACUGGCACAAUCCUCUUCAUGAACCACUACCAGGCUCCACCUAUGUCUGACGGCCCGCCCCACAUCUCAACCAAUCAGGACGAGGGCAACGCUUUGGUGACUGUGGAGAGGGGGGACGGCUCACGCAUCAACAUUUUCAUCGACCCCAACUGUCCAGACUACAAGGGGAACUUCCUGCGGCUGGAGGGGGUGCAGACGUCGCUGCUCCACUCGUUGACAGAUCACGAUACCGACCUGAAGUCGGUCAAAGGUCAGGACCGGGCACUGCUGGUCAACCUAGCUGAGGAGGUGGCCAAGCUGUCGGCCCACGCUGGUCAGCUGAAGAUGGACUAUGAGUCUCUGAGACGAGGACAGGGGAGUCUGGGACAGGACCUGAACACACUACAAACAGAGCAGGGACGACUCAUACAGCUGCUCUCUGAGAGCCAGAUCAACAUGGUGAAGGUGGUGAACUCUGUCAGUGAUGCACUCAACUCCAUGCAGAAGGAGACAGGUGGACUGAAGGCUCGAGUCAAGGCCGACCUGCAAAGGGCCCCAGUUAGGGGGGCUCGCCUCAAAGGUUGUGCCAACGGUUCUCGUCCUCGUGACUGUGGUGAUCUGUAUGCUAAUGGGCAGAGAGAAGACGGCAUCUACUCUGUGUUUCCCACUCACUACCCCUCCGGCUUCCAGGUUUACUGUGACAUGACCACGGACGGAGGGGGCUGGACGGUGAUCCAGCGUAGAGAAGACGGUUCAGUCAACUUCUUCAGAGGAUGGGACUCCUACCGCGAUGGAUUCGGCAAGAUCACUGGAGAACACUGGCUUGGAUUGAAACAGAUCCAUGCUCUGUCAAUCCAGGGGAACUAUGAGUUACGGAUUGACCUAGAGGAUUUUGACAACAGUACCGCCUAUGCCCAGUAUGGGACCUUCGGAGUGGGCUUGUUCUCUGUGGACCCUGAUGAUGAUGGAUAUCCACUGACUGUUGGAGAUUAUUCGGGAAACGCAGGUGAUGCACUGCUCAAGCACAACGGGAUGAAGUUCACCACCAAAGACAAGGACAACGACCACUCCGAGAACAACUGCGCCUCCUUCUACCACGGCGCCUGGUGGUACCGUAACUGCCACACGUCCAACCUGAACGGACAGUACCUUCGCGGGCAGCACACCUCCUACGCCGACGGCAUUGAGUGGUCUUCCUGGACCGGGUGGCAGUACUCCCUCAAGUUCUCAGAGAUGAAGAUCCGACCCACGCGCGACGAGAGCAAAUGAGCGCUAGGCGAUGAGAGGAAAAUAAUUGUAAGGAGGAAAGUGUUCAGCGCAAUGGAAGAACCACAGGCUACAUGACAGCUACAGGCUGUAGUUCUUGUUCAGAUAUUGUUUAUCAACUGAUAUCUUGGGUUUGUUUUCUGCUAUUCUGUUCCAAUUCCUGUGAAACACCUUCCUCUCCCAGUCCCAUUUCACUUCCUGUGCCACACCCCUAGUCCCUCCUUCCCUUUCUUCUUUUUGUACACCUCUUUAACUUAUUUCAGGCUUUAUCCAACCUAAUCUCAGACUAAAAUAUGAGCCAACCCAAAACUGCAGCAACUGAAUUACACCACUUGAUAUUUGUAUGUUGCUGUAUCUUAGCUGCCAGUCAAGUUUAGGCUAUAGUGAAUGUUAGCAACAGGUUUCAGGUACAACUCAUAUGGCAGUUAAGUUAAUGAUAAGUGGACAAGUUAAAGGUUCAGCCUAAAGGUAAAACAAAAAAAAAAUUGCUUCACAAUGACCUCAUCGCAACAGGAAAUCAGUCAUAUUCAUCUCUCUUUUUGACUCUUUCUCCAUCUUAAUGCUUACUGUAUAUACACUUCUUUAUAGUCCUACUCCAUCAGAGCCUUGACCUCCCUUUUGGGAUUUUGGAUAGAGGUCCUAUACAUUAGAACAAGAGGCUGAGUCUUAUCUUGGAUAGAGGUCCUAUACAUUAGAACAAGAGGCUGAGUCUUAUCUUGGAUAGAGGUCCUAUACAUUAGAACAAGAGGCUGAGUCUUAUCUUGGAUAGAGGUCCUAUACAUUAGAACAAGAGGCUGAGUCCUAUCUUGGAUAGAGGUCCUAUAUAUUAGAACAAGAGGCUGAGUCUUAUCUUGGAUAGAGGUCCUAUACAUUAGAACAAGAGGCUGAGUCCUAUCUUGGAUAGAGGUCCUAUAUAUUAGAACAAGAGGCUGAGUCUUAUCUUGGAUAGAGGUCCUAUACAUUAGAACAAGAGGCUGAGUCCUAUCUUGGAUAGAGGUCCUAUAUAUUAGAACAAGAGGCUGAGUCUUAUCUUGGAUAGAGGUCCUAUACAUUAGAACAAGAGGCUGAGUCUUAUCUUGGAUAGAUGCCCUAUACAUUAGAACAAGAGGCUGAGUUGUGAUACGUUUGGACCGGAGAUGUGACAUUGCAUCUAGAACACACACACAAAUGCACACACUCACAAACCCCGCCUGCUAAGUUACUGUAUGGCCAUAUCACAGCAAAACUCAACCUUUCACCUACAGUGGUCUAGCUCCAUUGGCCUGCUAGUCAGGAGGUAUGUUGGACUCUCAGUUAUCAACCCAUGACAUUGCUGACGCAUCCAUUCUUUGCAGGUAGACUUGGUAAGGCUGCACCAACCUAUAGAGAGAGCAGUUAAACAGCUGAAAGGAGAUUAAUGAAAAAGAGAAAUAGAACAUUAUGAAUGAGAAUGUAAAGGGAAUACUGAAUGGGAUGGGGAGAAGAGAGUUAAAGAAAGAUGGAGGAGAUGAAAUGGAGGGGUGAGGAAGAUGAGAGGAGUAAUUGAUAGGGAGUGGAUCUUAUUAAUCUGACUGCUGUGAUCCCUCUGCAUAUUGAGUACUUUGUCUGAUCAGUCUGCCAGCUGAUCACCAGCCAAGUAACUGCUACCACAGAUGGCAACCCCUGUUUGUGAGUUUAUGUGUGUAAGUGUGUGAGUGAGUGUAUGUCUGUGAGUGUAUGUCUGUGAGUGUACGUCUGUGAGUGUGCGUCUGUGAGUGUAUGUUCAUGCCUGGGAGAGAGCUCCCUGUCAUUCCGUCAGACAGCAUUUGUGAUAUGAUGAGGGUUUUCCAGUUCCAGUUGGUUGUGAGGGAGCAUAGCAGCCACCAGAAGGGAGGAGCGGGUGAAAGAGAGAUACAUAGAGUGGGAACCUGGAGGCCAACCACAAAAAGACAUAUCAGUCAUCCAUCUCUUCCUUUAGGAUGUAGAGCAUGUUUUAUCCUGUACACCACUAGAUGAAAUGGUCCCCUACACACUUAAGUUUUCUCACAGAAUGUUCUCAAUCAGCUCUGUCAUCGGGAGAAAUAAUACCACACAUAGUCACACACACACACACACACACGCUCCUAACAGAGCAAUAUAUUUUGUUAAUUCUCAUUCUUAAUGUAAUAUUUAAUAUACAGUUCAACUCAUAUCACUAUGUUCCACUCUAACCCUCUGUCCUGCCUCCCCCCCCUCACCCCCCAGCCCUCUCACCAUGCUUCCCCCCUCGCCAUA